CAACACCACGAGCACGCCUAUUUUGAAUCGCAAUCAUGCCCAUUUCUAAAAAAGCCAGGAUCCAGCGCGAGCACAAGGCAGCUGAAAAGGCCGGCACCCGCGCGCCGGUCAAGGCAAAUGGUCUUCCCGUCAAGGCUCCCAAGCCAACAUCGAUUUGCCAAAAUUGCCGCAAAGAACUGGUGUCCACGAAUAAGCCGCAGAUGGAGGCCCACGCGUUGACUCAUGAUCAGAAACUGUGGGCGAAAGAGAAGUGUUUCCCGAAUGACUUCGCUUGAAGGCAUUGCAUCAGAUUGGAAAGAAAAGAACACUCUGCUUCAACGUUGCUACGCCUUGUGUGUAUGCAGUGACGCUCUUACGUGCAACUGGCUGUUCAUUAGGUUCCCAGUGCUAUACUAUGUCAACCUGCCAACAUCCUAGAAGGGAUAUCAAAGAUAGAAUAAUG